UGAAAGAAGGUGAAAGAAGGCUGAUAUCGGUGUGGUAUCCAGGGGUUUGAGGAAAGGGGGAAACUUAUCCAAGGUCUUUAUUGCUUGCUUUGUUUAGGGAUGGCGUUUCUUGUGGCUUUCAUUUAUCCUUUGCUGCAGACCUUUCUUAUCUACCAUGUUGGUGCGAUGGAGGUAUUCAGGGUACGUCCAUUCGACAACAUUUCUCUGCCGUGUAAUUUUUCCUUUGUGGACAGCACAGAUGGCUUAUCUUUCUCCUGGGAGAGGGAAGACAUCAAGGAAGAACAUGAAGUUGAAGACAAGGAAUUUUACAAAUUUCUGGUCGGACUCCAGGAUUUUUACCUAUUUUACCCAAAGUUGAUAUACAGCUUUAGCAACAAUAAGGAACAAGUAGAGGAGAGGAAUUCCCUCUAUGAGGGGAGAGUCUGGGUAGACGAGGAGGAGAUCCCCGAGGGCAGCCUGGCCCUCAUAUUGGAGCAAAUACAAUUUUCUGACGAGGCCCUGUACAUAUGUAAAGCUACAAAUGCAAAAGGCAGGGGACAAAGAAAAAUGAAACUCAUUGUGGAAGAUGCUGAAGAACCACAGGUGCAGUUUAGCACCGUUGAUGAGACUCUUGUGGCCAAGUGUAUCUCAACAGGCUGGUACCAUAUGCCAAAGAGAGGAAGUACCAUAAUAUGUAUAGUCACUAUUAAAAAGCAACUGGCAAAGAGCAACUCCUACAGCUUUGACCACACGAAUUCUUCAGUUUGGCACCGUACCCGGGUGCAGCAAGAAAGAAAAACUCACUUGGGGAAAAUCCUCCAUGGUGAAAGGGAGAAGCUAUUUUUAUGAUUGCAUUUGAUGUUCAAAUUAAAAGCAGCCAACACACACCCCUGAAAUAGCAAUAAGGUUUGCACUGUAUUUUGUUCCUGUGCUCAAAGAGAACCUGGAAAUGUCUGAAUAAAGUUCAUCAAAAUAAAACAGGUUGCCUUUGUGUUUUGUAGUUUUUGCAUAUUCUUCCACACAUGUGCCUGUUUCACAUGUGCUGAUAGACAAGUGUGUCUAUGAAUAAGAACAGCAACAACAACAUACUGUACUGUGCUGAUA